CGGCACACCAGGUGUGCCAAAAAGUGAUUCCACUCUGCUGCCCUCUUUGGCCAGAUCUCUCUUGAAAAAUACAUUUUAUUGCCAAUGACACUUAUUAAACUGUGUCAUUGGCUGAUAUUAAACAGUCAAUUUGCCAAACUCAUUGACUUGUACUUGUGAUCAGAAUGUGCUUUCUGGGUUAAAUUGACACGAUAUAAUGGAAAUACCGAAAGCAGCAGGUUCACGACCUUGCCAAAUCACAAAGCUUCUCCCCGGGCAGAGACACCUGACAGAUAGUUUUGACACACGGGGCGUUUCCUAACAUUGAGGCACUUGAAGAGGAAAGUUGCCAGGUCAUCGGAUUUACCCCCAAAACAUCUGAUCCAGGAUCGACAGACCAUCAUAGUGAAAGGACAGCAAAGUCAGCAUGAACAGAUGUUUGAUCAGCGAGGUGGAGGUCAAAGGCUUCAUUGAGAGGUGCAUGACAGCAGUGGGUACCAAGCAGCAUCAUGCUCGCAGUCUAGCUGAAGUGUUGGUGGAAGGAGACCACAGGGGCCACUACAGCCAUGGACUCAACAGGAUGGACAUGUAUGUGAAGGACAUUCAAACUGGCAUCUGUGCCAAGGAUGGUGAGCCAGUGGUAGAAAAGGAGAGUGAAGCGACAGCACUGGUGGAUGGGAAGAAUCUCUUAGGCCCGGUGGUGGGAAACUUUUGUAUGAAUCUGGCCAUAAAAAAGGCCAACGACGUUGGCAUUGGCUGGGUGGUGGCACACAACUCCAACCAUUAUGGCAUUGCUGGAUACUAUGCAAUGCAGGCGCUGAAAGAAAACAUGAUUGGGAUGUCAUUUACCAACACAUCACCACUGGUGGUUCCCACACGUGCUAAAGAGUGUACUUUGGGCACCAACCCCAUCAGUGUUGCGGCUCCUGCUAAAGAUGGAGACAGCUUUGUUUUAGACAUGGCCACUUCAGCAGUAGCCAUUGGAAAGGUGGAGCUUCAUGAGCGGCGUGGAGACCCCAUUCCUGAGGGCUGGGGCUGUGACCCUCUGGGAAAAAUUACAACAGACCCCAAGAGAGUGCUGACCGGAGGAGGACUGGUGCCUGUUGGUGGCAGUGAAGCCACAGGAGGGUACAAAGGCUAUGGUCUGGGAAUGAUGGUGGAGGUUCUCUGUGGCAUCUUGGCUGGUGCCCAGUACAGCAAAUACAUCCGCACUUGGAAAGUAACAGACCGUGUUGCAAACCUGAAUGAAUGCGCCAAGAAAAUCGGUGUCAACCCACUGUUGCCAUGUGACAAGAUCGUCUCGGGUUAAGUUUAUCCAAACAGGAUUCUCAGCUGUGGAAAUCAGCCACUAAUGCUCAACUUGAAGUGCAACUUGAAGUACAAUUCUGUUAAUACACCUUAUACAUUUUAACAGUAAUAUUUUAUUCAUGAUUAUACAUGUGACAUAUACUGUUAUUUUUUUUUUUUUUUUACUUUACUAAAAAAAAAAUGAUGUUGUUGCAGAUGCUUUUGAGGUUUCAUCACACGUAAAGACACAGUGCUUUAUCAUCUACAAUUAAAUAUAUCAUUCCUUGUUGCUGAUGAAAGACAGUACUGUUGCUGCACAGCAAUCACAAAAGUAUUAUACUCACUUCUAAUUGAAAAUAAGAAUUUUCUGCUUCUUUGCUACUGAUGUGAAAAUUGUAUUUUUACUGUGAGAUCAUCUUAAAAACAUAAUUCUUUUAUUCCCAGAUCAAUAAAUGCCGUACUAUUUGGAAUGUAA